AACAUUUGUGAUCAUCGCGUCCUGCACUGGGAUCGCCAACACUCUGGGUGCAAAUCAAUGUUUACCGUUUGUCGCAAUUCUUGUCAACAACAGCAAAAUCUUGCAAUUUUCAAAGGCACGCCGGAAGGACCGAAGAUUCUGUUAUGAAGACAGUCUUUCUGGUCUCUUGACCAGGCUUUAAUCUGCCUCCUGCUCCAAGUCACAGAUGUUCAAGUUUCUGCAGGGAGACCAAGUUAAAGCUCCUGGUAACUCUUGGAGGAAGUAAAACUGUGAUAAGAGGGGAGCAACGCACACAAGAUGCUGGAGGAACUCAGCAGGUCAGGCAGCAUCUACGGAGGGAAAUGAACCAGUCGACGUUUCGGGCCAAGAUCCUUCAUCAGGACUGGAGAGGAAGAGGGCAGAAGUCAGAAUAAGAAGAUGGGGGGAGGAGCACAGGCUGGCAGGUGAUAGAUGCUGCCUGACCUGCUGACUUCCUGCAGCAGCUCACUUUCUGCUCCAGAUUCCAGUAUCUUCAGUCUCUUGGAUCUUCACCAAUAAUUAACUCCCCUUGUUAUCAUGGAAGAUCGGGUGGAGAGGGGCAGAAAGAUAAGGCAAAACCCAAGCACAUCUUCGGUGGAACAGAAAAGAGAGACAGGAAAAGAUAAAAGAAAAAGGAAACGGAGUAGAAGUAGAUCUUCUUCCCUGACUUCAACUUCAUCAUCAUCAUCAUCAUCAAAUUCAUCAUCUUCGUCAUCGUCCUCAUCAUCUUCAAGAAGUCGAAACAGAUCGAGCAGCAGAGAAUCCCAGAAAAAGUCAAAAAUAAAAAAGAAGAAGAAAGAAAAGCAGCAUAAAAGGAGAGGCAAAAAGGAGAAAAAGAAAAGCAAAAGAAGAAAAAGAAUGCAUGUUCAGGGCCUGUUCAGAUUUCUAAGUUUCUGAAAGAUCGAGACAAAAGUGAUAAAUAUAGUACGAUUACAGGAAAGAAAAUAAAAAAUGAAAGUUAAAAGACCAGAGGCGAUAAAGAG